GAGAAUGUGUCGCGUUUGGUCACGUUUGGUUCUCUUCUGUUGCAAUAUAUGAUUAUAAACUGUUGAUAAUAACAACAAGAGGUUAUAACAACCUGAGAGAUGGCUGAUGAAGUUGUGUGGAAGAGGCCUAGAGCGAAUGACGAUGAAGAGGAGCUUCUGCGCCAGCAGGAAGAGUUCUUGAAGGUAAAGCAACCACCGUCCAUGAAGAUAACGAAUCUAAGAGAUUCCACCAGCGCUUCAGGUGCUUCGAUUGUAAGAUCGCGAUUCUCAAAUCUGAGGCUAUCUGAGGUGAAGCAAGAUGUGUCCACUUCACAAAGCAGUGGAGAUAUGAUAAAUCCGGUCAUGAAGGAUAAGAUUCAAGAAACAAAAGGGAAACUGCAGGACAUGGUGCAGAAUAUACCUGCGGUAUCGUCAAAUAUAAUACUUGGCAAUAUCAUGGAGAGGAAAUUCAAUAUCGAGAAGUAUGAGUUUAACGACAACCGCGUUCCUGCAGCAGUCGAGCUCCCUGAGGUUUAUGGAUCUGAUGAUACAUCACUUAUGAACAAGAGCAAUAGUAAGCAGAGCUUAUUCUCACAGAAAGUUCUCGCAGAAAAAUUAAAAUCUGUGAGAGAUAAUUGCCUGAAGAUUCAUACGGACGAAUCUUCCCACUGCGAUAAGGAAGAAAACAUUGUGACAAAGUAUAAUUUGCUUCAAAUUUACAAAGAAAAUUCGCUAAAGCUGGCACAAAUGAGUAAAGCAGAAAUAUUAAAGGAAAAAAGAAAGCUUGAGGAGACUCUUGAUCCUAAGAUAAUACAGUUUUUAAGAAACAAGAAAAAUAAAUCCACGGAAAAUUCAGUCGUACUGAAUAGUAGGCUACUUAGCGGUUUAGUUACGAACAAAACUGGAAUGCUUACAGAAAUGUCCAUUGAUAAAAAGACAAAGCUUUCGUCAAAUGAUAAUGAAGAAAUGGACUGUGAGAAUGAUAUAACAAGUACUUCAAGCACAAAAGAGGAUACAGAAAUAUCUAGUAACAAAAAGAUAAAGUUGUCUUCGGAUAAUGUAGAUACAAAAAUGGAUUACAAGGCUGGCACUUUGAGCAUACCAGAGUCGUCCAAAGAAAUAUUUGAAGAAAGUAAACAGAAAGGAUGGCUCCAUAUGAACACUCCUGAACCAGAAAAGUUGAAGUGGAUGGAAGACUUGCCGGAAAAGGAGAAAGACGAGGCCUUGCCGAAUAAAGAGUACAAUGCGAGAUUUGAUUUUAAUGGCCUUUUAUUGCCAUACAAGAAUGAGAGCUUAACCGUAGACAAAGGUCUCCAUCAUCACGGAGAGGAACCCGAACGUCCUGGAUACUCCCUUCAAGAAUUGCUGCAAUUGAGCAGGUCUUCCAGUCAACAGCAACGGUGUACAGCUCUUACCACUCUGGCUAAUAUCAUGGAGAAAACGCGCAAGGGUUGGUAUGACAAAGCCUUGCAUCCAGCACCACUGAUCGCACUCAGUCAAAAAAAUAUCCUGCUGCUGCUGAGGUUCUCGCUGGACGACUCGUCGGUAGCCGUCGUCACGGCGGCUCUCCAAGCUCUCAGAGCUUUUCUGGUCAGCGAGGCAGACGAGGUAUGCUUGGACAGACUGCACGGAUUCGAAGGAUAUAUAGAACCCACCUUGACACCUCAACUUGAAGACAAGGAUACUAGUAGUCUGAAGGAUCACGAAUUGGCGCAAUUGGAUGCCGUGGCUGCAUUACUGAGAUCGGAUUUCUUAUUGAGAAUUAGAUACAUUUUAAGUGCGAUGCAUCCACCACCUGUUGGAGUAAAGUGUGCUUUAGAGAUACUUAUCCGUCUCGCGAGACAUUCACACAUAACGGCAUUGAAUAUCUCGUCCACGCCAUAUUUGUUAGACACCAUCAUCCAAAAUUUUAUACCGUUGUCUACAGACCGACUAGCGAUGCAGAAUGAGAUAAGUAAUGUUUACGGAAUUCCUGUAGUUACAGCGAUUAAAUUAUGUCGCAUUCUCGUCACAUACGGCAAGAGGCCCACCGCACAGAAAUUAGAUAACUUUAAAAUUAUUCAAGCUAUACUAACGUACAUUAGCAGCGAGGCAGGGAAAGAUCACAUAAAUCUCAGCAUUGAGAGCCUGCGACUCUGGCGAAUGUUACUGCAUUACGAAGUAGGUCUGGAUAGUGUCAUGGGUGCCCAGUUAACUCUUGUAUCACAAUUACAGCUGUUAUUAAGUAAUCAUGAUAUUCAAAACACGUCCGAGUUGGCGUGCGAGCACGCCGCGGCGUUGAUUGCUGUAGCAAGUCACGAAAAAACGUUAAAACCAAACAUCUCUACAUUGCUAAUGAAGUGGAGUACGCAGUUUUCGUCGGUGUCUAAUCCAACGUGGGGUGUUAUGAAAUUAAUUGCGGAGAGUUUAUCCGCCAUUGACGAGAUAUCCGCAUUUAAAACAACGUGGCUAUCCAAUCAGCACGUUUUCUUAACUCUUCGUUCCAAUUCAAACUUAUUGAGCAACUAUAAUGCGGCUACGGAUCGGGAACCGUCCUGUCUUUCAAACUUGGAUGUUCUCACAGAGAACGGAGAGUUACAACCGAUUGUGUCAGUGAAUUCGUAUAUACCGUUCUUAGCGACGAUAUUCAAUACACUUUACAAUAAUUCUCGCGUAACAGAAAUUCGUUUGAUACUUGAACACUCAUCCUUCCGCAAAUAUAUAGAAGAUUUGGAAAAGACCGAGUGGAGUUUAGAAAGAUCGUGGUUUAGCAGAAUGGAGUUGUAUCUUUUGACAACGGUAGUACGAGCAGUAUCUCUCCUUGGAGACACAAUCAACAAUCAGACAGCUCAAAUUGUGUGGAAGAUCACCAUCAAACUCAUCUCGACAUUACCUGCAGACGUCACGGAUCACGUGAGAAAGCUCCUUCAAAUCGCGUUGUCGAACGAAAAGGUAAAUUUGGAGGUAAUCACCAACGAAUUAGCCAAAUUAGACCUGACGUCUACGGUAGAUCAGGUCAAGACAGGCUUGCGUUCCGACGCGACGUCGUUGUACGAGAGAUACAUCACGCCGAACGGUGAUUGGAACCAAGCGGCGAUGCCGAGAGACUGGCUCUUCUUACCGCUAGUUCACAUAUAUACAAAGUCCAAAAACGAUAUCAGGUUGCAAUCGGAGGAUAAGGAUAACGUCUUGACAGUGCUAAGUCUAGCAUUAGUCUUGCCCGAUCUCAUGGAGAAACUAUCGCCUACUUUGAGAUUUAGCAGACUGAUAUUGGUGUAUCUUUGUGACACCAUCUACCUGAACAGCGAUGUGGCUAUACUGCUGCUGAAUGUCCUGUCGAAUUUGCUGAGAAGAUAUUACGCGCGGUUGAACUUCCGAACGGAGCUGCCAGGGUUGAGUUCCUUUACUGAUCUGUUCACGGCAUUGUGCGAGCAUUUCUAUUCGAGCUCGUACGGCGACGACGGUUUCGCCAUGAUAUUGCUGGUGCCAGUGGCGCAACGACACGAUCCACACUACCGGAAACUACUGUGGUCGGAACACGCGGCUGCGUUGCGAUACCUAAAACUGUCGCCGGAGAAGCUGGUGUUGCCGUUGAAGGAAUAUCUCUAUCCGGAGGAGGAAGAUACGUCGCUUAUAGAGAGCUACAUCACGACGCUAGUUCGCGGUGUGGUCAAAGAGACCUGGUGUCCAAUCCCUUUCACGAUCGCGGUACAUCACUCUGCGAUGUAUCUGAAGCGCACGAACAGGCUGGCGGUGCAAAUGCGGACACAAGUGGAGAAGUUGCGAAACAGAAAUAUCGCGGACGCAUUGCUGCACUACGUGCCACCGCGAUUAUGAAUGUAAAAUAACAAAACGGA